UCAUGGAGGAAGCGAAAACGCGUCGGCCGAUGACGAGGCGGAGAGCGAGGCCGCGUUGGCCAUCGUGUUAUUGGCCGUCGAGCGAGUCAUUUGGCGGGCGCAGAAGGCAUCGCAGGGCAGCGUGGUGGGAUCGGCGGCAGUCAAUUAUAUCGAACGGCGCGAGGCCGGCGGCGAUUCGAACGAGAAGCCAUUCAACGCAGGGCAAAAGGGCGCGACGAUGGUCAAGUAUAGCGCGGUGUGGGCGUCGGUGAUGGCGUACAUAUGGCGCACGUGGCAUUUAGAGCCAGUUGAGGAGGAGUCGGCCGAGGGGGAGGCGGAGGAGGAGGUGGAGGAGGAACGGGGCGACGGCGACCGGGGAGCGAACGGCCAGGUAGAAGGCAGCGAACCGCAGGGGAUCCGCGACCGACGGCCGGCAUACCAUUUCACCGCCGAGCAAGCCGAGGUGUUCGACCGGGUUCGCACAGUCGCAUACACGGCGAUAUACGGCCGAGACGGGAGCGAUAUCCACCACGACAGGGAUAGGGGUAGCGGUAGGGACGAAGACGAAGACGACACGAGCGAGUUGGAGGGCCAUGUGUUGGAUUUUUUCAUCGCGUUGUUAGACCACGACAUCGGCGACAACGAGUUCCGGAACGCGUUGUAUAGCGGAUUGGCCGUAUUAGGCAUCCAGCCGGGGCACGGGUGGCGGAGCGCGUUGGUGUAUACGCCCGUGUUGUCGGCGAUCGUGACGGUGGCGCGGAUGUUGGUGUUGUACAAGGCCAAGCGGGCGCGCGACGAGGAGAUCCGGCGCCGACAGCGGUUCGCCGGCGAGAGCAAGGCGAAGGCGCGGGAGCGGGCGCGUAGCCAUUUCGACCGGGUCAGGGAGAUGGUGCAGAGGUUUAUGACGAUCGUGGCGUUCGACGGGCAGCCGUCGCCGAUGGAUUCGAUAUUGCGGUUACGGGCGUACGGCAAGGCGAUCCGGGCGAACACGAACGCGGACGGGGUGGUGGAUUGGCACGGGGACGAGUUGUUGAUCGGCCACGUGCAGUUCAGUAUCACGUCGUUGCGGGCCAUGAUCCACGGGUUGUUGCACGCGGCGCGGGCGCAGUUGCGGCGGGCCGUGUUGUUGUUGGACGUGGACGAGGACGGCGAGCCGGUAACGACAGCCAAGCAAGGAGCAGGCGAACCGGCAGGGGCGACGGCGUGGCCGGCGAUCCAGUGGGACAAGUUGGUCGAUAACGCGGCCGAGACGAAGGCCGGGUGGAGUUUCGCCGAGGACCCGCGGAACCGGGAGGCAUUCGGGGGCGUAGACGGGAAGCGGUGGUUGGCCGAUCGGGUGGAAGAAGAGGAGGGGGAGGAGGAGCGGGCGAAGGCAGGGGGGAUUGGGGGUAAGGAGGUGACGAGGGCAGGGGAGGGAGACGAAGUACAGGCGAUAGCGGGGGAGAUCGAGGGCGAGGAGGUGGCAAGCGCAGGGGAGGUAGCGGGCAAGGGUACCGGGGAUAACGACGUGGAGGUAGAGGCAGAGAUAUAUCGCGGCCGGGUACAGCGGCGGAUGCGCGGUCAGGCGGAGAGGAUGCGACAGGCGGAGGAGAGUAUAGAGGUGGAGCAGUUUCAGGCAGUAUUACAAGAGUGGUCGGUCGGUUGUACGUGGUGCCGGGCGAUCGGGGAGGCAGAGGAGGUGUGCCGCAGGCAUACAUUAGAUCGUUGUCAAGAGGAGGACGCAGGCGAGAUACGGAGGAUGGUAGGGCAGGCCGAGCGGUUGGUCCGUUGGGAGCCGUAUUCGUGUUGUUUCGAUUGUGGGAUACCGCAGGCGAUGUGCCGGCGAUUCGAGCCGAUGGGGCCGGCGGGUGGGUUCCGGCGGGUGGAAGGGCAGACGUGCCAGUACGGGGGGGUGUUGAUGCGGACGGUGAUAUCGAUAUGGGGAGCCGGGGGCGUUUCGGGGUCGAAGCGGUUGUACGAGUGGAUGCGGAUGCAAGGGACGGGCGUCGACGAGGACGAUAUAGACGGGCGGAUCCGGUGGAUGGGGCGCAAGCAAGAAUAUGGAAGAAAUUAUAGGAAGAUUCCCGGGUAUAGGGUGCGGGUCAUGUCGAGGAGGGAUGAGGGGGAUAGGGCGGUGGGACGGGUUGUACAGGCGGGGUUGGAACGGUAUCGCAGCGGCAAGAUCAUUGUGUACGGCGGAGAGGUGGAGCGGGUCGAGCGGUUGCGGGAUUACGCGCAGGCGAGCGGGCGGGCCGGGCGGGACGGCGAGGCGAGCGAAGCGGUGAUCGUUUGGCCGAAGGGCGACGACGGGCAUGGGGCGAAACGGGGCAAAGCAAGGAAGGAGUGA